UAGCAAAAGGACCCUAAAACAGUUAGGUUAGCUCCUAUGUAAAGAUCGAGCUGUCACCUAGUUCCGCAUGAUAAGGUAGAGACUGGACGUCAGAAGUAGACUAAGAUGCUGAUUAUUCAAUGUUAAACAACAUUCUAAGGUUAGGUCCCUAGACAGUCCCUAAACCAGUUAGGUUAGCUCCUAUGUAAAGAUCAAGCUGUCACCUAGUUCCGCAUGAUACAUCAACAUCUCUGCAGCCUUGAAACCGCACAAAACACCGAGCACCGAGCACUGAGCACCGCGCACAAUUAGCGGCAACUAAUCAAAUGUCUCAUCCCCCAUCCUUACCGAUCAUCGAUCAUCUUCAUGUCCAUAUCGAACACACUUCACACUCCACCUAGAGAUCCCACUCUCUAACUCAGUGACUAAAACCGUGCCACCGUCAUGUCGCAAGCAGCUGUGGCCAGCACGGGAAAUUACAAGUUGCCGGACCUCAGCUACACGCCCGGUGAUCUAACCGAGCCGGAAUAUCGCUUCGAGCAGAAACGUGAUCGGGAUCGGGAUCGUGAUCGUCAGCAUGUCUUUGAUCAAAAGUUACCGUUAAAUCGUCUAUACCUAACCGAUGACAACGACUUUGCACCGCUAGACAAGCAACGCAACGCAGCGGAAUCAACGCGGGAACGGGAACGGGAACUCAACUCGGCGGCGGGACGGCAAUUUCCUGCUUUGGCGGCAGCCCAGGCCAAAUAUACCGGACAGCUGAACAAUACCCAUAGUGUAGAGCUCUCCGAAUUUGAUUUUUCACCCGGCAAGGAUCUCAUCUCGCUGCCACUGGUCCGCUCAAGCACCCAAGCGGAUCAACCGGAUCUCAUCAAGAAGAUGCCGCUACACUCGAUCACCGAGAAACCCAAUGAGCGUUGUCCUUCGCCCGUGGUGCCGGCGUAUGCCAACUUUGAGCUGGCCAAGCGCAUGCAUCAGGACAAUCUCGAUCACCAGCCGCUGCCCGAUUGUGUCGCAGAUUUGGCGUUCCGCAAAGCCCAAAUCAGUGGCGGCCACGGCGGCCUCUCACUCGAAAUCGAUCCGAUUGCAACGGGCGUCGGCGUUAAGACGCACAACGCGGGACCGACGCACUGCACCAAGAUGAAGGUCUUUCGACCCAAGACCGGUGGCGGUGUGCUGCCCAAGGCUUUCGCUGGCGGCGACAAUUUUCGCGGCAUUGGCUCGGCGCCUACCAAAAAAAUGGGCGCCAUGGAUCUGGCCAUUGGCUGGGACUUUAAGCCGGCAAAUCCCGCCGACGAACCGCGUCUGGCCCGACACAUUGAUGGCUCCAACGAUUCGGCGGGCCCCGCUGUUUUUACCUGUGUGAAAACACCGCGCGAUGAUCCACCGAAUGCAGAGCUGGGACGUUCAGCGGGUGUCUUUACCAGCACCCUCGGUGAACCGGACUUUUUCGACAAGGACAUUUUGCGCCGGAAGACGGACUUUGCCGGCCGCACCCUAGAGCGGGACAACGACUGUGCCUGCGACUACUCGCCGCCAGCGAUGCGUGCUCGCAGCGUCUCCCGUGAGUCCAGCGCCUCGCACUGUCGUCGGGCUCCAACGUUGCUGGGCGGGGAUCGCAAUGGCGGAGGCGGUGGCGGAGGCGUAAGCUUCGGUUUGCCCGGCAACCGGCUGGCGAAGCAGUAUCAAUCGACGCCCAUGCUGGGCGACAAGGCGUAUCAGGCGCUGCGUGAAAAGUAUCUGGGAACCGAUGACAACUGUCACACUGAGUCGGCGCUCGGCUGUCAUCUUGGCUCGGCCACGGGACCAUCGUGCAAGCGGGAUCAGUUGCUGCGACGUCCGGCACGUCGCCUCUGCCACAAGGUGGCGCCAGCGCCCAAAUGCUGUCCCUCGGCACAUGGUCACGGGCAUGGUCAUGGGCAUGGACAUGGUCACUUUCUGAGCAGCAAAGCGGCCUUUCGAGCCGGUGUUCCCAAGUUGAAUGCCAGCGGUGAUUUUGUGGGCAUCGCACCGGAUUGUGGCGUCGGCGUCGGCGGUGGGGGAGCCGCUGGGCGUGUCUUGGUUGUCCCACGACCGCGUCAACCGUAUGCCAAGAAGAACUAUGACAUUGAUACGCUGGUGCCACCAUUUCGUAGCCAAGGCGGCGGCGCCGGUCAAGGCGGCUAUCCCGAGCACUGGCGUCUCGCCAGCGUCUAUCAGCAUGCCUACAAGCCCAUCGAUCAGCGACGUCGUCCCCUGCUCCAGACGGUCUACAAGUAGACGUUAAGGGUGGCAGGUCCAUAGUCCAUAGUUUCCCCAUGUAGAACUUGCUAUUCUAUGAAAAGUUUCCCAUGAAUACGAUAGCGUUAUCCCACAUCUAGUCUAUAAGAUCUGAGAACACAACCAAUGCAACUAAAUGGAGGCCUUCAAAAUCACAAUUCAUUCCAAUUAUAUCGAAAGAGCUUCUAAUAUAUGUAUCUUCAAAUUUAGUAAUCAAAAUUUGAAUAACAUUAAACUCUUCCAACUCACAAUUCGAUAGAUGUUUCCGGAAAUGUUUUAGUUUUUAAGCAAAUGCAACUGAAAAUAAUUGUUAAUCAACAAAUCAGAUUGAUUAAAUUUGUCCGCUAAAUGAUCUCCAACAAAUUUUUAUUAAAUUAAGAACUGUAGUCACUUUUUUUUUGUUGUUGUUAGUCAAAACACUUUAUAGAGAAUGUAAGUUAAAAAAAUAUAUAUAACAAUAUAUAUCUGAUAAGUCACAUCU